CAGUUAGUCUAAAUCUGAAUUUGCUGGCGACGGUUGAUACAUAAUUUUGGAACAUUUAUAGACCAAAUUUUUGUUUUACACAAAUCUAUGAAAUGGCGGGAAAAAAGCGAGGACGAGCCCAUUGUAAACCAAUUUACAAGCAUCAAAAAGAAGCCCACAUAACAAAUAACGGGUACCUGAACUUUUUAAUGGUAUACAAGAAGCGAUUCUGCGGUAUUUCCCCGCAGGACAUGGUUCGGUUUGGAGCUAAACAGUGGAACCAGCUAUCCCUUGAAGAAAAGGAUAUAUUUACAAAUAUGAAAGAGUCUGUGGCCGUUAAAAAGAGUCCACCAGGAGAAGAUGAGCGGCAGACGAAAAAGAAAGAGUCUGCGGUCAUUAAAAAAAGGCCAUCUCGAUCAUCUGAGCGGCAGUGGAAAAUGGAAAGCUCCUGCAAUAUGAAUGAGUCUGUUAUAUUGAAUAAAAUGCCAGAUCAAGCUGAUGAUGGGCUGUCGAUAAGAGAAAACCCCUUUGACGUGAGGGAGCCUGUGAUCUUAACAAAAGGACCACUUUGCCCGUCUGGUUUGCUAUCGAUAAAAGAAAGUUCCGAAAAAUGUAAAAUGUCGCCAUAUGCUCGUCAGAGGGAGUCGAAAAAGGCCUCACAAAGCAACAGGAAUUGCAACCCGGAAAGGAAAAGUUCUUUCAAGCGUCAAACUGAUAUGCAGUCUAUAAAAAAUAGCUUCAAAGAAUGUAAAAUGUCGCCAUAUGCUCGUCAGAGACAGUCUGCAAAAACCUCCCAACGCUCCAAGAAGUGCGCACCGAAAAGAAAAAGUCCUCUAAAAAGUCAGCGGAAAGACCGAAAGUCUCUGUCGAGAAAUGAAAGUUGUGCGGAGUCACAACAGGAGUUAAAUUCCUUGGGCUCUGCAAGUGCAUAUAUACAUUUUAUACGGAAAUACAGACGAAAGAAUUCCGAAUUGUCGGCCAAGGAUCUGCUAAAAAAGGCAGUUCGUGAGUGGUCCCGUCUAGAUGCAAAUCAGCGCCAAACAUUCGACAGGCCACUUUGGGUUAUAAAUAUAGGAUGAGAAUCGCCUUCAUAUCCGUCAGAAAUCUAUAGACUACUAACUUCAUUUAUAUUUCUAAAUUCUAAGUAGGUUUUGGAAAAAAUUGUUUAACAAGAGUUUAAAGUUAGAAUAAUAA